AUCUUAUCGAUAAGCAAUACACAUCGAAUUUAACAAGACAGGAAAUUUACUUCGUCCCCGAAUAGACAUCGUCAUCGCCCUCACCAACUUCUCAGUAACAAACAAGACCACCCCCGCGCCAGAUUCGCCCUUACAUAAAACCCAGCAGCCCUUACCUUCCCAAAGUAACACAUAUCUGCAAGAUCUACACCGCAAAAAAAGAAAGAAAAAAAUGGCCGACGGCAACAUCAACCUCAAUGACUUCGACCUCAGCAAGCUGAACGAAAACGACAAGGCCGAGCUGCGCCAGUUCUUCGCGAACGAGGGCCAGAAGGCCCGUAUCCAGACCACCGUCCACUCCCUAACAGACAUGUGCUUCCGGAAGUGCAUGACGAGCACGAUCCGCAGCGGCAAGCUGGACAAGAGCGAGGAGGGCUGCAUGGUCAACUGCGCGAACCGCUUCAUCGACGUGAGCCAGUUGACCGUCAAGCACCUGCAGAACUUGCGCCAGGGUUAGGAUAUUACCCUAGGUAGAGAGACGGAAAAAUCUACGGUAUGGAAUUUUACGAUCGACUAUGCGCCGGCCAUGGGAGAAUACGUUAGGUUAGGUAUGAUGAGGGAUUGUACGAAUAGCUACGAGGAUCGAGAGAUGGGGGGUUAGAAGCGCAUUGCGUGGAACGAACUAUCUUCAAUGCGGUAUCCGGAGACCGGGUUAAAGGCGCCAGAUGGACGUAUAAAAUGUAUGGCCAUGAAAUCACCACCACUAAUGCAUCACUUGGAAAGCAGAAAAAAAAAACCACAUAAACAAUCAAA